GAGAGGCCCAACCAGAGAAAUCAAAUAGUAUAGGACUAGCAUACUGCUUGUAGAUCUUGCUGUUAUCUAUUGUCUUCUGUACAUAUAUACAAAAACCUAAUUAUCCUCUUUUUCACUAAUCACAUUGUAAAUUAUUGCACCUUGUAUACAUAACAUGUUGUUGUCUGCGAUGUCACCUCGGUGGAAGCGGACGUAAAAUACAACUAACUAACAACAACAUGCUUGUAGAUCUAGUAGUUGUAUGGUGGCAGAUAGUGCCAUUAGUAGUCAUGUAAAAUCUUACUCUUUUGACAUCACUACAAUAUUAGGAAGAAUUUGACACAAGAAAGUUAAUUUAAAUUAAUGAUAUGUAACAGGCAUUGCCUGAGUAGAACAAAGCUCAUAUUAUCAUGUGAUUGUUGUUAAAUAUAAAACCUUGAUAAUUAAGUUGUACAAAUAAUCAUUACCGGUAAUGUUAAGUAAUUUCGUUUUUCCCAAUAGAUUUUAAUUUAGAUCUAUAUUGACUAUUGUAUGAUUUAUUUUGUUUUAAAAAAAAAGUGUUAGAAUUAUUUUCAUUUGUACGUCAAAAAUAUGUGACGUCAUUGAUUAGACACAUCAUGAGACGCGUACCUUGGCCCGUCUUGGGCGAGAUUUGGUAAGUUGGCAUGCGCAUUGCCAGUUUUGCCCAGUGUAUCCGGUUCCGGUCUGAAUUUUUUUUAAUCAAUAGCCUGUACAUUGGUGACAGUUUUAGUUAUGUUCCUGUGUUACUUGAAAAGUGCUUUGCUCAAGCACUGGGCUUCGCGCUAUAUUAUCACAAAAUUGUUGUCAUGAUGCAGUGUAAUCGACUUAUCCCCUUUGUCCAGCAGAUUUGUAAAGAGCAAGACUCAAGAUUAGUGAAGAGACCCAAGUUUCUAAUUCUACCCAAAUUUACGGCUAGAAGCCAGGGUUGAGUGGUCUAACGUAUUCGCUUUAGAUCAUAAGAUCUGCCAUUGAGUCAGUAGCUGGGUCUCUAACUCAAUAUCAAUAUCCAAAGUUUUCGACAUUGAAAACACAAAUUAUUUGUCAAUUUAAAUCAACAUUGAUGUUGUGAUCUUUCCGGGAAAAGGUGGGCUUCUGAUAUCCAAUAUUUAAGACAAAAUAGAUAUUUUACCAUUGUACCAUAAUGCGUUUCUGUGCCAUUUGUAACAAGGGACUCGAAGAACGAGGCUAGGCAUAUUCCACAAAUCAUGUCAAACGGUGACCUCAUAUUCUUAUCUGGAGAGCAUGUGCAAUAAAUACUGUCGGUUUAGACUGGAAUAACUAGACGUUAGCGAUUGCCAUUCAAUUGAGACCUCUAUUGAGACUUCUGGCAUAUUUCGCCAAAGGUAACUGAUUUGAAAUUUGAAAUCAGUUUAUAUACAUUCAUAUUACAUUAUUAUAUGUGUUGCGACCCAUUUGUGUGAAUUUCUAGAUCCCAAAUAUUAAUUAGCGAUUAAGCUUCUUUAAAAAAAAAAAAGAAAAAUUGAAAAAAAGUCAACAAUCCAUAACUUAAUAAUGGUACCAUACUGGGCCUAGAAGAUUUUCAGUGAAUAUUUAUGCUACACUUUAACAAAGUAAGCUUUAGAAAAGCAACAUGAAGAUGGCCAGACACGUUACUCUCUGUAGACUUAAUAACAGAAAGAUAUCCAUGCAAAAUAUGGAAAUACACCCACACAGCAGCUAUGUCGCGAAAAAAACAAGAUUAAAAUGCAUGAGCUUAAUGAGAAAACUGGCACGGUGAAUGAGGAUUCGGAUUUCAGAUUACCAGAAUCAUCAAGCUCAAAACAAUGUGAAACCGAAAAUAUGGUGGAAAAAUCCAUGACUGAAGAUGAAAGAGAUUUUGUUCAUACUAUAUUGGAGUGGAAUGGAAAACAGAUAGAAGGAAAGUCAAGAAUAAGAACAGAUGUAGGUUCAGAUGAUGCAGAAGACAUUAAACCUACCUGUCACGUUGUAUUUGAAGUGGGUAUACAGGCCAAUGAUUAUGAUAUUGAAAGAUCAGGAAAGAUACCAAGCAGGAAAAGAAUUGUCCCUUUCAAGUUUAGAGACUAUAAAAAUCCUGAAAAUGUGGAUUUGGAUAAAAGUGAUUCUGAUUAUGAACCAGAAACAGACGUGGAAUAUAGUCAAAAGAAAAAGAAAACAAAUAUUAAAAAGAGGCUGGAAUCAGAAAAGAAGUCCACAGUUGGUAGUAAAGUUCACAAAAAGAAAAAAGACAAAAAAUCGUUUGAAUGUGAACUGUGUCACAAGGUAUUCAAUCAAAAAGGAAAUCUGAAAGUUCACGAACGAUUACACACAGAUGAGCGCCCCUAUCCAUGUCAGUUCGAAGAUUGUCCAAAAAGAUUUCGGAGCAACGAAACACUAAGACGUCAUAGAUUAACACAUAUUGGUGUAAAACCAUAUGAAUGUGGAGUUUGUGGUAAUAAGUUCUCUAGUAAAGUUAGUUUAACAGAACAUAUGACUCGACAUACCAAUACUAAACCAUACAGUUGUGAUAAAUGCGACAAAAAAUUUCGACAGAUUAGCUGUAUGAGACGCCAUCUAGUUACACAUGGUAAAGAUCAGCCAUAUUGCUGUGAUCAGUGUGACAAGAAGUUCUCACAGAUGGCUUAUCUUAGAUCUCAUCAGAAAGUACAUACAGGAGAAAAGCCAUUUUCCUGUGAUAAAUGCAAUAAAGCUUUUGCUCAUGGAUCUGAUCUGAUAAGACAUAAAAUUAUACAUUCAGGUAAAAAGCCAUAUCACUGUACUUUCUGUUCUCAUAAAUUUAGUGAUCCAUCAAGUUGUAGAAGACAUAUCAAAGAACACAAAGCCACUAAACCCUAUACUUGUAACUUAUGUGGUGAUGGUUUUAAACGCACUGGACAACUGCGAUCCCAUUUAGCCCGACGACAUUUUACCAAAGAUGAGAGCAAAAUUAAGAAAGAAUAUGUAGAAAUACCUUCAAGUUCAAAAGCAAAAGAAAACUUGGGCAUGAUAGAUAUUUCCUCCAAUGAGAGUCACCGUAAAAUAGUAAGCUUGAUCAAAAAUUUGAACAAUAAUAUAGUGGUUCAACAAAUUGAGAUAGACCCGCACAAUGAUGGUGAAACAACUUAUAUAGAAGAAGUUAAUGUGGGAUCUGUAGAAGAUAAUGAUAUAAUUCAUUUAUCUCAAUCUGUAGAUAAUACUAUUAGUCAGUUAGAGAUCCCAAUCACAGAUAUAUCACAGAUUACAUCACAACAACAAGAAACAGGUGAAAAAACAGUUAUUGCAAUUACAGAUGAAAAUGGUAAGACAGUGGAUCCUUCAGAAUGCACUUAUCAAAUAAUACAAGAUUUAUCAGUGAAUGGUGAUGAACAAGUGUUUGAGGUACAUUAUCAAAAUAAAGAGGAAUGUAGUAAAAAUGUUAUGUCGCCAAAAUCAUUGUUAGAAUUGGUACCAGAUUACGUGAAGACACCAGAUUUUACCAGUCAGGAAUAUUAUAACUGGUUGUCAAGCUUCACUGAACUAUGUAAAACUGUUCCAAUGCCUUUAGAAGUGUCCUUGUUUCAAAAAAUGUCACAAGUGCAAAAGACUUUGGCAGAUGUUAUGGCAACACCCCGUGGUGUAGUGGCAGAUAAAGAGAAUUUCUGUGUUUUAAUGACUAUAUCACGAGAUCUGAAUAGUAUAAUAAGUGAACAUCUUAACUUUGUUUUACAAAAUCUAGAUGAUGACAAAUCAUAAUCCAAAUGGUCUGUGGCUCUGUGCUGUCACUUAUGUGUGCUUAUUGGUUGAAGCCUAAAUUUAAACAAAGUCCAAAUACUUUGGGAUUUGAUUAAUCCUAAUUUGAUAGUAUGUCUAGCCAGCCAUGGAUUAAACAUACAUUAUGCAAGAGCUAAAUCUGCCAAUUGCAGGUCUUUCUUUUGGCCUGAAAUGUUAUCUAAAUUAUUAAUUGGAUAGAACUAUUUCUCUAUUAUUUAAUAACGACGUUUAGUAACACAUACAGGUCACGUUUUCAAGUUAAUUAACUUAUCCAGACCAUAAUCAAUUCUCGAUGUCAUUGCUAACCUGCAAUAUUUACUGGAUUAGGAUCCAGUCUGCUGCUCAACACUCAUUGAUGAUUAAAUCGGAAAAUGGAUAAUCGAGACGAUGUUUUUUAUCGUACCGACUUUAGUAAUGAUGAUCGAGGCUAGGCCUAAAAUUCAAUUGCCAAAUUCUUGAUUCAAAGUGGAUCAAUUUGACUGAAAUUUUCAGCAAAUUCCCUUUACAUUAUCUAGUUUUAACUAUUAUAGUGAGAACUGCCAGCUCUUUAUCUUAUCUCCCAUAAUGUAUCUUUAACCAUUAAGCACAAUUGGGCAUUAAAGGAAGAGAAAGCCUCAUAAUUUCGUUCCAUUGAAGGAUUUACUGGACAUGAUGGUACAGCUAAAUUAGGCCCCAGAAAUAGGUACCCCACAAUAAAUGGCAAAAACAUCAACAUGUAUAUACAUUUACAUUGUAUACAUAUACAUACAAAAAUUAUAAUUUAUUACUAUAAGUAUUAUUAUAGUAUCGAAGAGGUUAAUUAUAUCUAGUAUCAUUUCUUUUGUGAAUUAAAUAUAUAUGCAGCACCAUAA